AUGCAGCUCCCGCAAAUUCUUUCCUCCCCGCUCCUCCUCCUCCUAAGCGUGUCAAUAACACCCAGCACGAGCUCCCCCCUCCUGCAAACCACAACACAAUCAGUCACUCCACCCGCCGAAUGCGAUGUGAUUCCCACGUGGGAAGUCACGAAUUUCAUCUGGUUUAAUUCCUCACAUAAUCUGGAUUGUGUGAAUCAGGUUGAUGUUCCCAACGUCUGCGUAAACAGCACGCCCAACGGCCUCACCGGCUGCGACAGCAACCUAGGCCCUUGCACCGAAUGCGGCCUCAACGCCUGCCUUACCGGCCUUCCCCUCCAACCAGCCGGCUACGGUCCACCAGACGAUAUAAAAAUAUCCAUCAACACACCCUUAGAAUACACCUCGUGCGAGCAAACCAACCCCGCGGGAUUCCGUCGCUACGAUGUAGGCGACGGAAUUGUAUUUUGCGCGGGAGUAGCCUAUCGGGUUACGUUUAUCGGUGAUAGUAAUCCCGGGACUGCGGGGGGGAAUGUGGGACGGAUUGAUUAUGAGCCGAAUUAUCAGUGGGCGUGUACGAAUGGGAGUGUGAUUCAAGGGAGUGGGAGUGUGGAGUUUGAGAUGGAUUGUUCUUAUGAUGAGGGGAAGAAUGCUACUUGUGUUAUUCCUGAUGGGGAGAAUGUGGUUAUUCCGCUUUUGGCUUAUCAGAUCAUUUAG